AUGUUGCUGAAAGAUCUCCCCAGAGAGGCCCUGAUGCGGCCAUUGUCCAGGAAUGAAGUGCUUGGCAUGUUGGUGAGGCUGACCAUCUUUGGUGCAGCUACCUACUACAGCAUCAAAUGGGUGGUUGAAGCCAUGGACCCCACUUCUAAACAGAAAAAUCAAGCCAAGAAAAGGGCUGAACAACUGAUGAGGAGGAUAGGUGUUGAAGGGGUCAAGCUAACAGAGUAUGAGAUGAAUAUUGCAUCUCACCUCGUUGAUCCACAAACUAUGAAGGUCUCCUGGAGAGAUAUAGCAGGUCUGGAUGAGACCAUAAACGAGCUGCAAGACACAGUCAUCCUUCCCUUUCAGAAGAGACAUCUUUUACCUGGAUCAAAACUCUUCCAGCCACCCAAAGGCGUCUUGUUGUUCGGUCCACCCGGCUGUGGGAAGACCAUGAUUGCCAAGGCAACAGCCAAAGCCUCGGGAUGCAAGUUUAUCAACCUCCAGGCCUCCACGCUGACAGAUAUGUGGUACGGAGAAUCCCAGAAGCUGACCGCUGCAGUCUUCUCCUUAGCUAACAAAAUUCAGCCCUGCAUCAUCUUCAUAGAUGAGAUUGAGUCAUUUCUGAGGAAUCGCUCCAGCCUGGAUCACGAGGCUACAGCCAUGAUGAAAGCCCAGUUCAUGAGCCUGUGGGAUGGACUGGACACCUCUGCCGCCACCCAGGUGAUGGUGAUGGGAGCUACCAACAGGCCACAGGAUGUGGACCCAGCUAUUCUGCGCCGGAUGCCCGCCACGUUCCACAUUGGCCUGCCAAACACAAGGGAAAGACAAGACAUCCUGAAGCUGAUUCUAAUGGGAGAAAAUCUGAGUAAUGCCAUCAAUCUGAGGGAGAUCGCAGAGAGGACAGACGGCUACUCCGGUAGCGACCUGAGGGAGCUGUGCCGCGAUGCCGCCAUGUACCGCGUCCGGGACUACGUCCGCAGGGAGCAGAUGAGGCAGAUCGCACAGCAACUGCAGGAAGGCCACGAGGAGGAAACGCCAGUGGAUGAGGAGCGACUGCGGCCAGUCACCCAGCUGGACCUCCUCUUCGGCUUGGACAAGAUGAAGGAAUCCAAGCAGGCCACAGUCUGCAUGUCGGCCAGCGUCUCCGAGGUUCCGCUGGACUGA